CGUGUGAAAGAGCAGCUGUUUGCAAAUGUCUCAAACGCAUAUCCUACUUCCUAACCUCGUACAACAAUUAAAUAUGAUAUUGUUGAGAAUAAGAUGAUGUUGCGAUUGGUCGUAUUAAAGAUACUUCCAUUGUUCGGGAUAUUUAUUCCCGUCAUAAAAGGAAGUUUGAAUCAACUAGACCGUCCUUUAAAUUUCAAAUGUCCGAAUGAGUAUCAACACGUGAGUCGAGUGAAGAGUGACCAUGACAACGCAGCAGAAGAUAGAACAUUUGAUAUGAACUGCACGGACGUUGAUAAAGGGGUAGAAAACCUCUCCGUUACAUGCGCCUGGACAGACUGGCAGAAUGACUUUGACAGCCUUCUGGCAUUCGAAUGUGCUAACAAUGGGUAUAUCAACGGAAUGAAGAGUUUCCAUGACAACAACGCCGAGGAUAGGAGAUGGGGUUUCCACUGUUGUGAAUUAGCAGGUAUUCAUUUAUUUGACUGUAAGUUAACCGACUGGACGAAUGACUGGGAUCACCAUCAGGAUUAUUCUCUGCCUGCAGGAUAUGUGAUGAGGGGCGUAUUUUCCAUCCAUGAUAACAGCUAUGAGGACAGAAGAUACAAAUAUGAGAUUUGCAAGGUUGCUUGGGGUGAAAUAUGACCUCUGUUAGGAUAAGCUUUAAUAUGAUAAACAUGUUAAACAAAUAAACUAAAAACAACA